GCUUUCGCUGCUGGUUGCCAUCCUCCGUCCCGUGCGUGCGAGGUGGAGGGUCUCGACUCCUGACUGCUUGAAGCGUCCGCCAUGAGGAGAAGUGAGGUGCUAGCAGAGGAGUCCAUCCUAUGCCUGCAGAAAGCUCUAACCCACCUUCGGGAAAUAUGGGAAUUAAUUGGGAUUCCAGAGGAACAGCGAUUACAAAGAACCGAGGUUGUAAACAAGCAUAUCAAGGAUCUUCUGGAUAGGAUGAUUGCUGAAGAGGAGAGCCUGAGGGAAAGGCUUCUCAAAAGCAUAUCCAUCUGUAAGAAAGAGCUGAGUACCUUGUGCAGUGAGUUACAAGUGGAGCCAUUUCAUGAAGAGAGAGAAACAACUGUCUUACAACUAGAAAAAACUUUGCGCACUCAAGUAGAAUUGAUGAGAAAACAGAAAAAGGAGCGAAAGCAGGAACUUAAGCUACUUCAAGAACAAGAUCAAGAACUCCGUGAAAUUCUUUGUAUGCCUCCCUGCAACGUGGACAGCACCUCUGUCCCUACCUUAGAAGAGCUGAACCUGUUCCGGCAACAUGUGGCGACUCUGAGGGAAACGAAGGAAUCUAGGCAUGAACAAUUUGUCAACCUUAAGAAACAAAUCAUAUUGUGUAUGGAAGAAUUAGAACACAGUCCAGAUACAAGCUUUGAAAGAGAUGUAGUGUGUGAAGAUGAAAGCGCCUUCUGUUUGUCACUGGAGAAUAUCGCAACACUACAGAAGCUGCUACAGCAGCUGGAAAUGAAAAAAUCACAAAAUGAAGCAGAGUGUGAGGCCCUCCGGGCUCAAAUCCGAGAGCUCUGGGAUAGGUUACAAAUACCUGAAGUAGAGAGAGAACCUAUGGCUGCAUUUAUGACUGGAUCAAAAGCCAAAAUCAGGAAUGCGCUGCAGUUAGAAGUGGAUCGGUUAGAAGAACUGAAAAUGCAAAACAUAAAGCAAGUGAUUGAGACAAUUCGAGUGGAGCUGGCUCAGUUCUGGGAGCUGUGUUUCUAUAGCCAGGAACAGAGGCAGGCUUUUGCCCCUUACUAUUCUGAGGACUACACAGAAAACCUGCUCCAUCUUCAUGACACUGAAGUUAUACGGUUAAAAAACUACUAUGAAGUUCACAAGGAACUAUUUGAAGGGGUCCAAAAAUGGGAAGACAGCUGGAAACUUUUCCUAGAGUUUGAGAAAAAAGCUUCAGAUCCAAGUCGGUUUACAAACAGAGGGGGAAAUCUUCUAAAAGAAGAAAAGGAACGUGCAAAGCUCCAGAAAACACUCCCGAAGCUGGAAGAGGAGCUGAAAGCACGGAUUGAAAAGUGGGAACAAGAGCAGUCAACAGCAUUUGUGGUGAAUGGGCAGAAAUUCAUGGAGUAUGUUACAGAACAGUGGGAAUUACAUCGGUUGGAGAAAGAAAAAGCCAAACAGGAAAGGCAACUGAAGAACAAGAUACAGACAGAGACGGAGAUGCUAUUCGGCAGUGCUCCCCGGACACCUAGCAAGAGACCAGGAUUUACUCCUAACAAGUCAGGCAAAGUACGCAAGAUGAACACUACCACCAUGUCCAGUGCUACGCCCAAUAACAGCAUCCGGCCUGUCUUUGGAACAGUGCCCCGCUCACCCGUGUCUCGGCUACCACCUUCUGGCAGCAAGUCAGUAGCCACUUCUAUGUAUUCUGGAAAGAAAACCCCUAGAGCUGCUCAGCUUAGGGCCAACAAGGAGAACAUGGAUCUCAAUGGCAGCAUCCUGAGCGGUGGGUACUCUGGCUCGACGCCCCGCCAGCACAACUGCAGCAUUAAGUCUGUUGCCAGCACCUAUUCUGAGUUUUCGAAGGACCCAUCCCUCUCUGACAGCUCCACUGUUGGGCUUCAGCGAGAACUUUCAAAGGCUUCCAGAUGUGAUGCUACUGCUCGAAUCCUCAAUUCAACCAACAUCCAGUCCUGAGAAUCCUUGACCAGUUAGCCAGCUGUGGCUUCCUGUGCCUACACUGGACUGACUGACUUAUACAAGGGGUGACUUUAUCGCUUUUUAUCAGUUUAGAUACGUCUGAAACAACCUUGGGCAGGUCUGUUACCAUGGGCCUUAGACAUGAGUGCAGCAGAUGAGAGGUCCUCAUCGGUGUAGCGAGUCCAGAGAGACAUGUUUUUCAGUCAAGAGAUACCUUGAAAGCUAGUUAUGACAGUACAAAUUUUAACAUCUGGUACCUAAUUUUUUUUCUCUACCCGGAAAGUCUGUUUAAAGAUGACUGAGGGUUUGUCUUAUUUCACUACUAUAUUGGAGAAUAAGAAAAUGAUUAUGCCCAGCCUUGAAGUAUGAGACAUGAAAAAAUUGUGGCUUAUAGACUUGGAAUUAGCAGUUAACAUCUUUUAAGUCUUUUUUGUUGUUUAGGAACAUUAAUGCUGUAGCGAUGGUAGCUUUAAUCUUCCCGGGGCCCGUGCUCUGCACUUUCCUACUGAGGAUUUCUCGUGUUAGCAUUGGAGAUGGCUUGCCCUGCCGCAGGAACAGUAGUGCAGUCUUUUUGCUCGUCUGACCAGUCUGUCUUCAGUCUUCCAUCCCUGUACUCACUAUGACUAGUUCCAUUUCCUGUAGUUCACAAGCAAAUGAAGAGGCUGUCUGGGUGAGUUGAGCCAUUCUGUCAUGGACUCAGCAACUUUGCACAUCCACAAGGAAGUUACUCCUGUGAUCACGUCCUGAGUGAGACUCUCUUUACCUACCUAGCUCAUCACUACCCUCCCCAAAGCCCUAUUAUUUAUUCUUUCUCUGCCAGUGCCAGAUCUAUCAACACGAUUGUUUGUUUACCCACAUAUAUGUUUUUAAAUGUAUUAAAAUAAAAUGUAUAUAUAGUUACCUUUCAAA